AUGCCUGUUGCCUCAGAAUCCUCCAAGUCCUCCAAGAAUGAUGUCUUGGAAUAUAUUAUCACCCACAUAUUUUGUCCUAUCAAAUUGCCGCAGCACAAUGAUCAUACUCCUGACAAAGAUUGCUCCUUCCUUAAUGUCGUGUUGGACUCGGCUUGGAAAUUUGCGGCUUCUCUGCCUGACAACGAGCAUGAGCAGUGGAGUCCUUUGUUGAAGAUGCUUGAAAAUCUUAUCGUUACAAUGGAUUGUCCUGUCCUGACUAAGGAUGUGGUUGAGUUGCAAAUCAAAUCUAUGCAAGCAGGAGAUAUUCUUGUGUAUUUGAUUCAGGAACAAAAUGCAGCUGUCGUGCUUCAUAGGCUUGAUGCGAAAACCAUAUUUGAAUCCUUUGAAGUUUCACCACAGCUCCUGUGUUUGUAUCCAGGACCUGUGAUUGCUGUACCAAACUCAGUCAUAGAUAACUCAACCUUUCCUCCUGAGUUGGCGAACUUUCUCUCUUGCAUGAGCUGUGAUGUGUUAGAUCCCAUAGCCUUCGAAGGAGAGACUGCACAUCCUCGCUAUAUCACCCAACUUCUCACUGACAUUCUUCGUGCAUUCAGCAAGCCUGCCGACAUCCCUUGUAUUUGA